CUCGCGCCCCAACAAUAGAGUGGUAAGUACCAUUAUCACCGAUUAUAAUGGGGACAUUUUCUUGCGAAUAAACGUCAUUCCUCACUCGUUACUUUGAAAACAAUAUCUUUGUCGCAUAGAGAUAAAACCUACCGAUAUUUUUUGUUGUUACGAAACCUGUUGUUAGCUCGACCGGACUGGAUUUGAUACCAGUUCCGCCAAUAUCUGCCCCGAGAUUCCCUUUGGAAAAAAGUGCCUGGGUUCUCCUCCGCCGCCGCCUCUUCCAGCAGGAGUACAUUUGAUACAUCAGAGACAGUACAAUCAUGGACCCGACCCGGGGAUUUAAAUUCUUGGACACGGUGGCAUGCUCCGCUGCUCAGUGAGGAUGGAAAGAAAAUAAGAGGAAUUUUAACGAACGUAUCAGGUAGUGGUGUCGCAGCAGAAGGAUGCCGCUGGUGAAGCGCACCAUCGAGCCCAGGCACCUGUGCCACACGGUGCUGCCAAGGAACAUCAAGAAUGAGCUGGAGUGUGUGACUAACAUCUCCUUGGCCAACGUCAUACGCCAGCUCAGCAGCCUCAGUAAAUAUGCAGAAGACCUGUUUGGAGAGCUGUUCAACGAGGCCCACACCUUCUCUUUCCGGGUCAACUCCCUGCAAGAGCGUGUGGACCGCCUCUCCAUCAGCGUCACACAGCUGGACCCCAAAGAAGAGGAGUUGUCUCUUCAGGACAUUACCAUGAGGAAGGCUUUCAGGAGUUCCACUAUUCAGGACCAGCAGCUGUUUGACCGCAAGUCGCUGCCCGUCCCCCUGCAGGAGACCUUCCAGACAUGCGAGCAGCCGCCACCCCUCAACAUCCUCACGCCCUACAGGGACGAUGGAAAGGAGGGUCUGAAGUUCUACACCAAUCCAUCCUACUUCUUUGACUUGUGGAGAGAGAAGAUGCUGCAGGACACAGAGGACAAAAGGAAGGAGAGGCGGAAACAGAAGUUGCAGGACCCCCGCAUGUAUGAUCAGGUCUAUAGGUACUUAGACCUUCCAGGGCAGCUGAAGGCGAUAGACCGUCCACAGGAGCCGGAGAAGAUACCCCGGGCGCCACACGACCGUAAAAAGGAGUGGCAGAAGCUGGCACUGGGCGCAGAGCUCGCCCAGGACAUCCCCGACGACAAACACAGAGAGGCCAACGGAUCUGCAGGUUACCACGACAACAGGGCUCCCUUGUACAUGGAACAUUUGGAUGGGCCCUUCUCGCUGGCGGCGCUGCCCUACAGCCAGAUGAACGAGUUGCUGAACCGCACCGGAGACAGAAUGUAUUCACGGCCCCACGACCCUCCACCGCCUCCACCUCUCAUGCACCCACUGGGAGAGAUCAAGCCACCCUCUGUGAUCAGUUCCAGUUCGGGUUUCUCCGACAGCAGACCUCAGUCUCCAGCACGGACAGCAGGCCUCAACUCCAACACUCCUCCUCCACCGCCUCCCCCUCUUCCCCCACCACCUCCCCCGUUACCCUCCACAGGCCUGCGGGGCACCCCUCCUCCUCCCAUCCCUCCUCUACCAGUCCAGCAGCAGGCCCCAGCCAUCCCGCCUCCCCCUGCUCCUCUCCAGAUCGCUCCGGGCGUUCUGCACCCGGCCCCUCCACCCGUGGCACCUCCUCUCCACUCCUCCCCUGCCCGUCUCCAGCAGGUCCUGGACAGGGGCCAGCCCACAGGCUCUGGGACCCAGUCGGACGGCAGCAUCCUGCCUCCUCCCCCGCCACCACCUCCUCUGCCCCUCCCCGGAGCGCGGAGCUCCUCGCCCUGUCUAUCAGGCCCGCCACCUGUGCCGGCUUUCCCCUCAGCAGGAGCCAUGGCCUCCCCGCCGCCCCACACCCUCCACGAUGUGGGGAGCAAGAGGCACCAUCCAGCCAAUCUGCCACCCAUCAGCGAUGCACGCAGUGUCCUGUUGGAAGCUAUCCGAAAAGGCAUACAGCUGCGGAAAGUGGAGGAGCAGCGAGAGCAAGAGGCUAAGCACGAGCGCGUCGGCAAUGACGUGGCCACCAUCCUGUCACGCCGCAUCGCUGUGGAGUACUCUGACUCCGAGGACGAGUCCGAGUUUGACGAAGGAGACUGGAUGGAGUGAUGGCGAUCAGGCAGAGGACAAAUGUGUUCAGGUGCCCCCCUCGAACCCUGCACUUCACACCUCGCCAUCAGAGCCCUUUCUACUCUGGAAAGAAGCAAAACAACGUUGUUGCUCACCUUUUCCUCUGUCCAGCUUUUUUAUCUCUGUCUCGUUGUGGUUUGUGUUCAGGGCAGAGAAUCUCCACGUCGCCCUCGUCUGUCUCUCUAGUGUUCCAAGAAAAGUUUUUGCAUUCAUUCUUUUUCUGCACUACCGCGCGACCUUGUUUCUUCUGGAUUUCUUGUGCUGAAAUCCCCCCAUUGUUUACUAUUGUUAUACAUGAAAAUAACUUUUUUUGAAGAACCACUUGUUUUUGUUUCCUAUCUGUACGUCGAUGUAAAAACAAAACAAAACAAAAAAAGAAAACAGAAAAGGAAAAAAUGAAGGCAUGUUGCAUUUAUCUUUUGUUUUCUCCAGCACUGUUUCGCCACCUGGUGGCUUAACAUGGCAUUGAAUGAAUGCUGUUUUAUUUUAUCGUCUUUUACUUACUUUUUUCUGCUGAAACAUUUGCAGUUUUAACCGGUCAGUAGUUGCCAAUACUGACUUUGAACAAGUCGCUCAGUUUGGACACCAGUCUUUUUGUUUUCUCUCGUCAUCAGGACUGACUUUACCACUUAGAACAAGCAGAAGAUUGUGUUGGUAUGUGAUGUGAUGAUUGCUGUAUGGUUGAAAAUGAAGAAGGGGAAACAUAUGGCUGCUUUGGCCACGCGUCUGCAUAUCCAUCCACUUACAUCUAACUCUGACCCCAGGGAAAUGUCUGCCAAGAGAUUGAGCUUUUUGUCUGUCCAGGCUCUGUGGAGCCAUCUAUGCUCAUGUUGAAAUUAAUGUCAAAGAUAAACUCUGAGCCGCUGGUUUUUAGUGAGCGCCCAUCCUUUAUCUCUUUGCCAUAGAAAUGGACACUGGAAGCGAUGAGAUGUUGUAGAUGUACAUCAGAUUUCCUGCCUCUCUCAUUGUCCCUGAUGCAUAUUCAGUGUGCCGAGAAAAACUUUGAAUUUUGAGGAGGUACUCGUGGUGAUGAUGAGAGUCUGACCGACACCAGGUACAAACCACGCAACACCACUGAAGGCAGCUCUUCCCUCAGAUCCCCCUUUACUGUGUACCUGCCCGCUAACGAGACGCCUUACCUCGUUUGGUUCUACAGCAGCAAACGUCAUUCAAAAGAAUACAUUUUAUGUGAUACUGCCUCAGGCCUGAAAGAGAAGGAUGCCUUGUUUUGGCUCAUUUCAGAGAAAAUGUCUGCCAUCCUUUUCCGUUUGUUCGUUCGUUCUUUCUUCUACUUGCCUUAUUGUUCGUACAAAACGUAUCGUUGAGUUGAUGAAUGUAUUGUGCUGUUACUACUUACUUGCCUGCGCUUGUAUGGAUUUGCUGUUUCUAUGUUUGGGGGGGAAAAGGGACGGGGGGACAGAAACCCUGGUAUAAAAAAAAGAAAAAGAUUAGAUCAAUACUGUAUACCAUGUAACUUAUGUAACUGUUGACUGUAACAGUUUGCUUGAAUUAAUAAAAAUCUAAUGUUAUGU